AUGUCUCAUCAAUCGGGUAUUACUGCGACUGAUCAACUGCGCGAUAAAUUUGCUGAUAUGAAAGAUGGGCAUACGCGAGUUGUUGUCGUUGUCAUCGAGAAUGAAAAACUUGUCGCAAAAGAAGAACAUAAUGCCGUUCGGUCAUUCAACGAAGAUUUUGACAAAAUGGUCCCACCGUUAGUUCACCACAAACAUCCUGCCUACUUCUUUAUCCGAUUAGACACAAUUAGCGAAUUGAGUGGGCAUAAUUGGUUACUAAUCACUUAUAUUCCAGACGAUGCAACAGUACGCGAACGGAUGUUAUAUGCAUCAACAGUUGCAACAUUAAAACGAGAAUUUGGCUUAACUUACAUUACCCAAGAAUUUCGAGCGUCAUCAAAAAAUGAAAUGACUAGUCAUUCAUUUCAACAGCACGUACGUACUCAAGAUGCACCACCUCCACGAACAAUGCGUGAGGAAGAAAUGCUUGAAAUUCAACAACGCGAAGCUUCUGCAGAUAUUAGUGUUGAUACUCGUCAUCCCACCUUACAAGGUUUAACAUUUCCCUUCGAUGAAAAUGUUAUUGAAGCAAUACAUUUGUUUAAAAAGCACCAAGUUGAUUAUAUUCAACUAGAAAUCGAUGAUGACGCAGAACGCAUUCUGUUAUCUCAUUCCGAAUCUCAUGCGACACCGGAGCAUAUUCGAAAAUGCCUGCCAGACCAACAGGGAAGAUAUCAUGUAUACAGAUUUAAACAUGACUACAACAAUCAACCUAUCGACUCAAUGUUCUUUCUGUAUUCUGUUCCUGGACAUGGUUCAAAAAUCAAACAACGAAUGCUGUACGCUAGUUGCAAAGAAAGUGUCAUAGAAAAUCUUGAAAAGAAGUACGGAAUCAGUUUUGAGAAGAAAUUGGAAAUUUGCGAUCCAGCGGAUUUGACAACGGACUAUCUGAUGCAACAACUCCAUCCUGAAAUUGCUGCAAACGCGGCUAAAUCAUCGUUUGCUAAACCGAAAGCACCAGGUUCGCGCGGCCCUCGUAGAUUGUUGAAAACGACCGAUGAAUCCAAUGAUUAA